GAAGAGCAGUUAAUGCUCUUAACCCCUGAGCCAUCUCUUUUCAGCCCUUGAAUCCUAUUUUAAACAGCUUACAGCAGCAGCAUAUUCAAGGCUUAAGUUAUAGGCUGUUUUAGGGUUUAUGCUACUGUGAUGCAAGACCAUGACCAAAAGUAUCUUUUUAGAUAUGGGAAGCAAUGAGACAGGAAAAUAAUCAAGGGGCCCUGGCCCCAAAAAUGAGUGCAUGGCUCAGUGAGUUCACUGCUAAGGAAGAACUUGAGACAGGAAAGUCAUGUGAGAGACACUAGCUCAAAAAGAGAGCAGUAUCCAAGGGGCCCCAAACCCCAUAAACGAAUAUACCACUCAGUGAGUGCAAAGCUGGGGAGAACACAAGAAAGGGCAGUCAUGUGAGAGGCACUGGGCCAAAAAGGGCACAGUCUUCCCAGCUGUCCCAGCGGACUGACAGAAAGUUGGGAAGUAGGCUGCUAGAAGGCCCAGAUGUAGGAUUUUUUGCCCACAGUACAGCAAUGUUAGAAACAGGGAUCCGUGAAUGGAAGAGACAAAUUCUGCUGCCGCCAUGGCAGGCAGCACAGGGGGAGGGGAGCUCCAGGGGAACAGAAUGCCCUUUAUGCUGCCAAUCAGGGAACUGGAGUCGAGCUCACCAGACAGAGCAGGGAACGACAGCGACAGAAGGAGGGGAUAAAGAAGAAAAGGUGGGAGAAGGGAGAGAGGCCGAAGUUGCCUCUCCAGAAGAAGGGCAGUGAGACAGAGAGGAGGGGGAAGAGUAAGAAGAAUUUAGAGACAAAAACAUAAGUAAACCUCAAGACUAGGCAAGGAAUACCUCAGUAACAAUGGUGGGACUUGGUCAAUUGACCUGCCCUUAGUUAAGAAGGCGGUGAGGCCACCUGACCUUAGUUAAGAUGGCAGUGAGAUCCCUUGACCUUUAGUAAAAAUGGUGGUGAGAUCAACUGACCUUAGUCAAAACGGCAGCAGUCACAUGUUGUAUGGAAAAACCAUGUUUUUAGAGCCACAGGUGUUUUAAAUAUAAUAAAAAAGGGAGACAUAGAGACCAUGUAGAACAUACAUUUGAAUUACAUCCAUGUGGCCAUGCCAUUCACACAUUCUUUCAUACAUGAAGUAUGAAAGGAAAAUCACUCAGCACCUUAAGCCUCAAUGCUGAGCAGCAGCGCCACCAGCCUUGGCAGGGAACAAGGGCUAGAACUGGAAAAACCUCCCUCAUGGAUCCCACUAAACCUGCCGAUUUGAGGGACCAGCGGCAGCAGUGGCAGAGAAAGAAUACAAGGAAUAGGAAAAAGAGAAAAAGCGUUUACAGGUGUGAGGGGAAGGGGCUGCCCAGUGAAAGAAAAAGCAAACGGGCUGGAUAUAUUGGAGGCAGGACACCGGCAGUCCUGUUUGCUGGUAGAAAUUGGAAAGGAGCUAAUAGGGAACCUGCCAUUUGUAGCAUUGGAAAGUGGUCAGAGUCCAGGGUCCCCACAUGUCCUCAGACAGCCUGACCAUGGGUGGGAGGGAACAUGGAUAGAGCCUGGCUAAGACAGACACCAAUCUUAUUCUUUUUUAAAGAUAUAAGGAUGGGGGAAGGCUGGUUCCACGAUGGGUAAGCCUGUUCCAUGAGGGGCAGCAAUGGGUCACCUGAACUUGGUGAGUCAACUGAGGCCUUGAAGUGUCUUCUUGGCAGGUGGGAGAUUGCCAUGGGUAAGAAACACACAGAUACAUCAUGCAGAGAGAGUUUGGGUAUAAAGUUUAUUUAAUGGGUUAUGGAGGGAAAAAGAAAGGGGGGAGAAAAGAAGGGAGAAGAAAGAGGGAGAGGCAGAGAGAUAGUAGGGAUGGGGAGAGAGAGAGAAGAGAGAGAGAGAGAAGAGAGAGAGAGAGAGAGCAGAGAGCAGAAGUUACCUCUUCAGGAGAGAGACAAAAAGAGAAGCACAGUCUGGAAGAGGUGGGAGAAACACUUGUCUCAGCAGAGGGAAGGGUGAAGGUGGGCAGGGCUUGUCUCUUAAAGGGACAGGAUAGGCAGGUGACAGACCAGGGCAGCAGAGCAUAACAACAGCCCCAUCUAGAGCUGCCUGAUGCUUCUCAACAGUGAACACCACAGUUUCCUUAUAGCGAGCUGUGUUAAUCCCAGAUGUACAGGGAAAGGACUUGAAACCAAUUCCUAGGAGAAAAACCCGCAUGAGGUGUGGGUGACAGCAGCAUUCUAUGUAACCACAAUGGGGAAGCAAGCCCCUAGAUAUAGCAGUGAUGCAGGAGACAAAUGCAUGGAUCUGUGGAGAAGGACCCCGGGUAACUGACUAGAAGUUGGACCUAGCUCCCAUCCUUUCCAUAGAAUAUUAUGGGGUGUGUACAGCAUCAUAUGCAUCAAGGGGGACAUUGUAACAGGAAUGGUGGUCACCUUCUUUUUGGUCCCUGGAGUGGUCUGUGCAGAUGCUGGUCACCCUUUUGUCAGCAAUUCAGAGAAUACAGUGUUGGGAAGUGGAACAAAAAUUCUACUGCACAUGCGCCAAGACAGCAGCAUUACUUAUCUGGCUGAGUUGUUUCUAAACACUGUCUGUGAGCGGGGCCAGGCUAAGGACCCAGCGACAGGCAGCAAAUCCCUUGGAAACACAGUCUGGUUUUGCUGCGAGACCUAUUCUAGAAAUACAAGAUUCCUUGAAACUUGCUUCCUUUGGUAAAAGUAUUUGGACUCCUUAGGGUCAGGUAUAUUUCUUUGUAACUAUUUCUAAACUCACAUUACCUGACUCUGCCCAAGAAAAAGAUCUUAUCUGGAACACAUGAAAGUGCCUGGUAAUAUUGUAUCAUUUAUUACUGUUGUCCAAGUAAAUCAUUGUCCAUGAUUGUUGUUUCUUAAUGGUUCAAGUACACGCCCUCCUGAGUGAGCAGAUUUAACUCAGUCUCACUUCCUCCUUUGUCAGAAGAGCUCAGAUUCUCAGCAGCUGGAUUGCCUCAGGCUGAGCUUCUCCCAUGGCUCCUGCAGGUUUCCCAGCCUCCCUUCCUCUGUGUGUGUGUCUGCUGCUGGUGUCUGGCUUUGCCCAGGCAGGCAGGCUGCUGGUGGUACCCAUGGAUGGGAGCCACUGGUUCACCAUGCAGUCGGUUGUGGUAAAGCUUAUCAACAAAGGACAUGAGGUGGUGGUAGUUGUGCCAGAGGUGAGUUGGCAACUGAAAAAAUCCCUGAAUAUUACUGUGAAGACGUACUCAAUUUCUCACACUCUGGAAGAUUUAAACCGGGAGUUCAAGGUUUUUCUUGAUGCUCAAAUGAAAGAUCAGCCAGAGGGAAUGACUCUUCUACUAUCAGGUCCAUCCAAAGGUUUCUUUGAUUUAGUGUUUUCACACUGUAGGGAUUUGUUUAAGGACAAGAAAUUAGUGGAGUACCUGAAGCAGAGUUCUUUUGAUGCUGUGUUUCUGGAUCCUUUCGAUGUGUGCGGUUUGACUGUUGCCAAGUACUUGUCGCUCCCGUCCGUGGUCUUUGGCAGGGGAAUAUUUUGUCACUAUCUUGAUGAUGGUGCCCAGUGCCCUAGUCCUCCUUCUUAUGUUCCAAGAGGUCUCUUGAAACUCACAGGCACCAUGACUUUCAUGGAGAGAGUCCGGAACCACCUUGCCUACAUGGGGGAGCGUGUAUUUUGCCCCAGUUUGUUCAAAACUGCUACAGACAUUGCUUCUGAAGUUCUCCAGACCCCGGUGACUGCGACCGACCUCUUCAGUCAAGUGUCCAUUUGGCUGUUACGCACUGACUUUAUGUUGGAGGUCCCCAGACCUGUGAUGCCCAAUAUUGUCUUCGUCGGUGGGAUCAACUGCCACCAGGGAAAGCCACUCUCUAAGGUAUGUUUUCUCUCCUCUUCUUCAGCAUGUGGCUUUGGAAGAUAAAGUUAUGCCUUACUGAGCUGUGGGCUG